CCAUGGCCGCCCUCUGACCCCUCCCGGCCGAGCCUCGUCCUUGCAGCCCCCUCCCCAGCCCCACUGGGCCCAGGACCCCCCUCUUCUGCCUGCGCUGUGACCCCCCCAGCCGCCGGCACGGCCCCGCCCCCGCUGCCCCGGUGGUGGCCUACGGCCCCCCGGCUGCCCGUGGUCAAACUGGAGUCGCUGAAGCGCUGGAACGAAGAGAGGGGCCUGUGGUGUGAGAAAGGGGUGCAGGUGCUGCUGACCACCGUGGGCGCCUUCGCCGCCUUUGGCCUCAUGACCAUUGCCAUCAGCACCGACUACUGGCUGUACACGCGUGCCCUCAUCUGCAACACCACCAACCUCACGGCCAGCGACGACGGGCCGCCCCACCGCGGGGGCGGCGGCUCCUCGGAGAAGAAGGACCCCGGCGGCCUCACCCACUCAGGCCUCUGGAGGAUCUGCUGCCUGGAAGGGUUGAAAAGAGGCGUCUGCGUGAAGAUAAACCAUUUCCCCGAGGACACGGACUACGACCAUGACAGCGCGGAGUAUCUGCUCCGAGUCGUCCGGGCCUCCAGCAUCUUCCCCAUCCUCAGUGCCAUCCUGCUGCUACUUGGAGGCGUGUGUGUGGCCGCCUCCCGGGUCUACAAGUCCAAGAGAAACAUCAUUCUGGGCGCAGGGAUCCUGUUCGUGGCAGCAGGCCUGAGCAACAUCAUCGGCGUGAUCGUGUACAUUUCGGCCAACGCGGGCGAACCUGGCCCGAAGCGGGACGAGGAGAAGAAGAACCAUUACUCGUACGGCUGGUCCUUCUACUUUGGCGGGCUGUCAUUCAUCCUGGCCGAGGUGAUCGGCGUGCUGGCCGUCAACAUUUACAUCGAGCGCAGCCGCGAGGCACAUUGUCAGUCUCGCUCGGACCUGCUCAAGGCCGGCGGGGGCGCGGGCGGCAGUGGCGGGAGCGGCCCCUCGGCCAUCCUCCGUCUGCCCAGUUACCGCUUCCGCUACCGCCGCCGCUCCCGCUCUAGCUCCCGCUCCAGCGAGCCAUCGCCGUCGCGGGAAGUGUCUCCCGGCGGCGCCGGGGGUCCGGGCUUCGCAUCCACGGACAUCUCCAUGUACACGCUCAGCCGCGACCCAUCCAAGGGCAGCGUGGCGGCGGGGCUGGCGGGGGCCGGCAGCGGGGCGUUCGGCGGUGCGGCUGGGGGCGCGGGCGGCGGGGCGGGCGCCGAGCGGGACCGCGGGGGGGCACCUGGUUUCCUCACGCUACACAACGCCUUCCCCAAGGAGGCGGGCGGCGGCGUCACGGUCACGGUAACCGGGCCCCCAGCGGCGCCCGCGCCCGCCCCACCCGCGCCCGCUGCUCCCGCCCCCGGGACCCUGGCCAAGGAGACCGCCGCCUCAAACACCAACACCCUGAACAGGAAAACCACGCCAGUGUAGGGGCGCGCCGGGGGCGCCGGGGUGUGUGGCCGGGGCGCGUGCGCGGGCGCGCGUGCAAUGAGGCUGCCGGGGGUCGGAGCUGCCUCCCUCCUUCCCCGUGAGCGCGCUAGAGACUGCUUGGCCUUACCCCCUGCGACCUCUCCCCCUCCCCCGGGCGCGGGGGGGGGGGAGGCCCCCCACCCUCCAAUCAGGGAUCUGGGACCCCCGAGGGAGGGGUAAGAGGAGGAAAGAGAGGGGUCCGUGUGAGGGAACGUCGUGUUUUAUUUUUUUGUGGGAUUGGGGGGAGGGGGGAGGGCUGUGGUGUUUUUUGCAGUUUUGAGAUGUUUUCUUUUUAAUGUUUUGCUGUGUGCAUGUGGGGGCGGGUCGGGGGGAGGGAGGGACUCCCAACCCAGCCCAACUCCUGGAGAGGGGCCCAUAACACACGAAUAUAUAGUUAUACCUACAAACUAUAUAUAUGCUCUAUAUAAAGAGACAGGUAAAGAGAAGGGAUGAGAAAAGGCAGAGUGACAAGGCAUGGAUGUGGACAAUCAUUUACUUUUUCAUUCAUUAUUCCCAAGGGUUUAUUAUUUUCAUUUAUUAUCAGCAAUUUAUUUGUGCACCUAAGUGCUAGACAUUGUGCUGAAUGUUGAGCACACAGUGCGGAAGACAAACAGGGCCCCCAACGUCCUUAUGGAGUUUACAUCUUGUGCAUUAGACAAUCAAAAACUACACAACAGUAAGUUGCAGUUAGGACAUAUGAAAAAUCUGAAGUGCUACAAAAUGUUCCAUCAGGGAGGCUUAACCCAGUUUAAAAGGAAGGGAUGUUUUAGCUGACACUGAAAGGAUGACAAGCCAGCCAGAUGAAGCUGGGGGAAAGUGUUUAGCCAGAGAACAGCAUAUGCAAAGACCCUGGGGCAGGAGGACCUUCCAGAGAAAGCUACCAGUGAGCCAGGUGCAGGUAGAACAGGAUGAGGCUGGAGACAUAGACAGGCCAGACUGACCAGAGACUUCUAGGUUAGGUGUGGAGUUUACACAUUAUUCCGAGGGAAGCAGGGAGCCAUGAAAUGAAUGGCUUUCAGCAGGAGCACAUCAUGAAUGGUAUAUAAAGGGGAGGCAGGAACUCAAGAGAUGAGAGUGAGAGGCAAAGACAUGCUGGAAUUCAGCAUCAAACAGGCACUGGCCCUUGAAAUUCACACUUGUGGGAGGAAGCAGAUAAUGGCACAAACACUGAAGUAUAGGAAUGGUGUCUGGCGUGCAGGAGAGAUGCUGGGACUUAACAGAUUAGCGUUUCGCUCAUUCAUUCAGCCAUUCACUUGCUGACAUUUUUGAGCUUCUGCUAAUGUACCAGACAGUACACUAGAAUCGGAAUCCCCUGAGGUGGAACAAUGAAGCAGGCCCUACAGGAGCCUUUAAGCACCACAAUCUAGGCAAGGCCACCAUAAUGAGCACCUUCAACAGCAGAGUGACCAGCUGCCAGGAGUGGGCAGUACUCGGAAAUUUCCCAGAGAAUGUCACACCCAGCCUGGGUUUCAGAAGGAUGAGUAGGAGUCUGCCAGAUGAUAAAGGGUGUGAGGAAGGUUUUUGGGCAAAAGAACAACUCAGGCAAAGGCCUGGGGGAGUAAAACAGCAUGGUGCAUGGGGACAGGGUGGGGGUGAGAGGUAAGCCCAGAGAACCCGCUAGAAGCCAGAGUCUAAGGUGCUGAAGUUCCAGGCAGAGGGUUUGGGAUGUUCUAAGGGUAGUGGAGAGACAUGGGAGAGCUUUGAGCAGGUUAAGGGCAGGAUCAGACAUGGGUGUUAAAAGGAGCCUCCUGGGAUGAGGCUGGUGCUGUGGGAUGGUGAGAGAGGAGGGCAGUUGAACUGGGCAUGGACUGUGGGGGUGGAGGAGGGAUGGGUUUGAAGGUCACUGAGGACAAGGAAGGGUUGGUGUUGGUGGGUGUUCUUUCAUUGGCUCAGCAAAUAUUUCCUGAGGUCUCCCAGGUGCCAGGCCCAGUCCUCUGAGAUGCUGGGAGUGUAGAGAUGAUUCAGGCCCUGCCCUACCCGCCAGGGGCUCCUAGUCCGCUGGGAAGACAGAUGGGGCAUAGACAGGAGGGAGUGGGCAGUGAUGGCACCAGGCUGCCAGGGACUCUGGGACCAGGGAGGAAUGCCAUGGGGGCAGUGUCAGGGAGAGAUGCUGGAAAAUGUGGGGAAAGGAAUACAAAUUAGCAAGACAGAGGAACUUGGUGUAGGGAUGAUGAAUGGAAAGAAGGGGGACAGGAAGAUGUGGAGUUAAAGAGACAAGUUUGGUGGGAAAAGGGGCUCUGAUGGAGGAGGGGGCAAAACUGGUUAGAGGAUAGUGGUUUCUGGGGUCCAAAGGCCAAACAGCAAGAAAGAAGUGGAGGAUGGGCAGAGGGAGAGAGAGAGGAGGGGAGUUGGAGAAGGAGAGAUGGAGAGAGACUGAGGGGAGGGAAGAUGGGAGGGAGGACGAAGGCAAUAGAGACCCAAACUAGGCGAGUCACAGAGAAAAAGGAAGGUGAUCCGGAGAGGAGAUAAAAAAGGACAGGAGAGAGACUGAUGCAAAGAUGUGCAAAUUAGAAGAGAGACAUCUGAGAUAUAAACAGGCACAGAAGGGCCGGCCGAGUGGCCCAGUUGGUUAAGAGUGAGCUCUGAGCAACAGGGGGCAGGAUGUCUCAGCUAAAUAAAAAUUAAAAAAAAAUGCACAGAGAUGGAGAGGCAGAACCACAGAGAAAGAUCCAGAGAUCUGCCUAGAAAGAAAUGUGGAGACUUAGAAGUGAGUAUAACGUAUCGGGAUGGCUCAUUUCUUUGCUUGCUUGCUUUUAGUAUUCAAGAAAUAGUCACUGAGUGCCAUCCUGUUCUAGACUCAGACUAGGCCCAAGGCCUGUGGUGAGCAGACAGUCAAGGUCCUGCUGUCCUGGAACCCACAGGAGAGGCAAAUAAUAAGUAAUAAGAGAAUUUCCAUUUUGGGGAACUGCUUUAAAAACUAGGCAGGAAGUGGUAACAAAGAUGGUGUGGGGGCUUUGAGAAGACCUCCCUGCAGAGGUAAUGUUUGAACAGAAACGUGGGUUGUGAGAAGGAAAGGGACAGGGCAAGCUUUCUGGCCAUGGCAGGUAGCACAAAUGUCCAGAGAAGGCCCCAGGUAGGCGAGGAAGCCUGGAGGUGGUUGGCAGGUUAACAAGGGUGAGCAAAUCCAGGUGAGGUCAGAAGCACAGGCUGGUACCAGGCCGAUCAUGUAGGGCCUUGUAGCCCUGGGAAGAAACUUUAAUUUUAUUCUAGACUCCAUGGGAUGAGCACAGGCAGAAUAUGAUUAUAUUUUUAUUUAAACAAACAAACAAAAUAGAUCCAAGUUGUGCUGAGACUAGAUUUAGGAGUGAAAGUUGCAGUAAGGAGUUAGGGCUGUUGACCUUGUCCAAGUCAGGCUGAUGGUGGCCUGGACCCAUGUAGAGUCAGGUUGGAGAGCAAUGGGAGGACGCACAGGAUUUUGGAGGCAGAGCUGAUAGUGGUGGCAAACUGGAUGUAGCAGGAGAGGGAACGAGAAACCAAAGUGACGCAUGUGCCACUUAAGUGGGUGCUGCUUGGUGUCCCCAGAAGGGGCCACCAGGAAUGAGUCAGGAUUUAGGUGGAGGAGUUGGGUGUCUUUUGGACACGGUCAAGUUGGAUAUGGCUGUGAGAAACCCAAGUGGAGUUAUCAGGUAGCCAGUUGGUAAUGUGAGACUAGAGCUCCGGGGAGAGAUCAUGGCUAGAAAUACACAUUUUGGGAACAUCAGCAUAUAGGAGAUGUUUAAAGCCAUGGGACUGGAUGAGGUGACCUAGGAGAUGAGUGUGGAUGGAGAGGUGACACGGGCCAGGGCCUGGGGGCAUGUGCAUAAGGGCAGAAGGGGACCAUGAGGUAGCCCGAGACCAGGAGGAAGGUCCGGAGAGCAAAGUGACUGUUCGGUUUGAUAUGGUGACCUUGAUAUGAGGUCAUUGCAUUGCAUUGGUGGGGACUGGGGCUCUGUGUGGAAGGAAGAAAGAAGGAGGGAAGAUGGAGGGAAAAAUGAGACCAUCCUGGUAUGAAAGUGACAAGAACCUCCAUACCAAAGAAAGUUUGUACCCUUUCUGUGAAAGGAGAGACAGGGAGAUGGUGGACAGAACUAAAAUGAGAGCUGUUAUAGCAGGCAUACUGAGAAGGAUGGGGAGACCCAAGGCUGGGAGGGGCAUAGAUUCGGGGGGCAGGUAGACCGUCCCCGGAGCUGUCCUGCCAGCUGUUAGCACCAAGCACACUCGAAUCCCUUUCUGGAGGCUGUCAAGGCCUGGGAAGACUCAGUGAAGUGAAGUGAAAAACAGGUUUCACCCAUUCAUUUAAGAAGUUUCAUGAGCUUUUCAGCUGCACCAGGCCCUGCCUCUCCGAGCUGCCUGGGUUGAGAGACAGGUAGGGCGGCCAAUUAGAAUGCAGAGGGAGGUAACCUCUGAUGUGGGCACCUUCCCUAGCUUGGGAGGAGAUGUGUGUGUCAACAGCUUGCUUCAUCCAUUUGCCCAUUCAUUCAUUCAUUCAUUCACUCACUCAUCUAACACAUUUCCUAAGGCCUCCUGUGUGGUCCUGGGCUGGGUAGUGCUGAGGAUGAGGAAACAAGUUCCUUCUGCAUGAGGGCUCUGCCCAAGGCUGGAGAGAGCCAACAGAUGCUCCCAAUGACAUCCCAGGGUGAUGUGUGCUCCAUUGGAAGUGCCACAGGGGGCACCAGCCCCACUGGAGCAGCCAACCAUGGGCGAAGGAAUUGGUGAAAGGUGGGACCCACCUGGGCCUUGGACACAAGGGCUGUAGGUCGGGGUGAAGGGUUGAAGACCUGGCCCUGCUGCCAUUCCACACAGCUGUCCUGUCCCUGCCCCUGGGGGAGUGAAACUGCAUGGACGGUCCUCUGGGGUGACCCCCGUCUAAUAAACUCAAUGAAGAGG